AUGAAUUUAGAUCAAUUCAAUGACCUGGACCUUAAUGGGGUGUUCAGAAUUGCCAACUUAACCGUUGCAGGUUUAUCAGUAUGUAUCGACAGAGAAGUUUAUGCCACAAAUGUUCCAGCUGAAGCUUAUGCUUAUGGAUCAUUCUUUAUUUUCCGUGUUAUUGCUUCACUUUUGAUAUUCAUCAUUGGAUUAGUCUACAUUGGAUUAGAAGCCAUUCCAAGUAUAUCUCCACCAGAAAAUAUGAAUCCAGAAGGUAUCACAGUUGGAAUCAAUGAUGAAGAUAUCAUUUAA